UCUGCUGCUCUCCGUUGAGCUACGUCGGCCGAGUCCACCGCAUACCGUACUAAAUGCCAAAUGAUGCAUCGAGGGUGGGUUUUAAUUGUACCACCCGCUAUGCAGAGCUGGUGCUCGGCGCUCGAUUUGUAGCCGUUUGUCUUGUGAGAUAGGCCGAGAACAGACACCAGGAAGCUGAAGAAAAAAAGAAACUGAGAGCAGACAGACAGGAGGCCACGGUUUCCCCCUCAAACACACACACACAUCACCGGGGCCUUGAUGGUGAUGUAUGCAAGGAAACCAGCAAGAGUCAGCGAUGGGUGCAACGAAAGAAGGGAUUCACAGUCCUAUCAGACCCAUAAAUCUCAGCCAAAGAGCCAGUCCAGCAGCCUUCACCGCUACAAGAUGCGUGAUGGUUCAUCAGAUCCCAUACCCCCUUACAAGGUGCUGCGACGGUCUGAUGAAAGUCCGGUCAGCAGACAGGGAGAUGUUAUGGGGCAACAUGGCAAGGCCAAAACCUCCUUUACCGUUCGAGGAAAAAAUGGGACCAGCGGCUCUCCUCAGGAUGCCUCUCACAACAACAGCUCCAACCAAUGCACUGAAACUCUUGCGAGCCAGAGCAAGCCUGCAGAGAGAGACCCUGCUGACGACUGGACAGAACACAUUAGCUCCUCCGGCAAGAAGUACUACUACAACUGUAGGACUGAAGUUUCCCAGUGGGAGAAGCCCAAGGACCUGCUGGAGAGGGAACAGCGGCAGAAAGACUCAGCCAAGAUGGGAGCAAACAGUUUCCCCAAGGACAUGGACUAUAGACAAGAGGCCUUGCAGGACAAAGCCACAACUAAGACGACAUCAGGGGACCAAUCCACGUCAUCAAACAGCAGCCUUUCCUCCUCUCUCUCUUCUUCUCAGAGCCUAAACUCUGCAGCUGGAUCUUUAGGGUCCACCCCUUCCAACAUGUCAUCUUCCUCCUCAUCUACAGUGCAGGGGGCUCCAUGUGUGCAGUCGCAAUCCUCUGCACUGCUUCAGGACCCGGCCGUCCUGCAUCAGUUCCUUCCGGCUCUGCAGGCAACUCUGCAGAUGAACAACGGCAACAUGGACAUGGCCAAGCUCAAUGAAGUCUUGGCAGCUGCUGUCACCCAAGCUUCCUUGCGGUCUGUGCUUCAUAAGCUCCUUGCUGCUGGACCUGCUUUCAACGUCUCUGCUCUGCUCUCAGCUGCACAACACUCCAAUCAAGCCCAGCACUCCAGUCAGUCCCCGGUCUCUAUGACGACAGAUGCGUCAUCACCACGCCCAUAUGUUUCACCUCGGAACGGCACGCCCCAGAACAACCAGAAACCCCUGGGCGUGCAUAUCGGCAGCGUCACACCAUCACAGACUAGAGGUGGCAUGCCUUCAGGAAAGCAGGGAUCAGGGUCUUUGUGUCAGACAACAGAAAAGCGUCCCGAGGACCCAAGAACUCUGCAGCAGAGAAGCAGCCAGGAGAUUCUGUGCACGGGUCCAAACAUAUCUGCUUUGCCCCAUGCACCCUCCAGCAGCAGCGCCGGCCAAACCCAGUCGGACUCCCCUGGCUCCUUCACCCCCACCCUGGCGACUCAUUUCGAUGAAAACCUCAUCCGACACAUCCAAGGGUGGCCUUCAGAGAACACUGAGAAGCAGGCGGCUCGGUUGCGAGAGGAUUUACACAACAUGGGCAGCCUGUACAUGUCUGAAAUCUGCACCGAGAUGAAAAACCUUCGCUCUCUGGUCAGGGUGUGCGAAAUCCAGGCUACACUGAGGGAACAGAGAGUUCUGUUUCUGAGGCAGCAGAGCAAAGAGCUGGACAAACUGAAGAACCAGAACUCCUACAUGGUGUGAGGAGCUGAGAACGUCUGUGUGCAGAAAAGGCUGAAAUAUGGACAGCAAGCUGCUGCAGCCUGUUUCUUUUCUCUGCUGUGUCAAACAGCUACAGACGAGUCCUUUUUCUUUUUCCACCUCCUUUCAUUUAACAUUUUCUUUUCAGUGUCCACCAUGACUUGUUUCUCUGAAAAGCCAGACUCGUGGUUCAGACACGUAAACCAAGUGGACACAGAGGACCUGUGACUAUUCGUAGACCGCACCUUCUUGGACCAUGGAGCUUGGAUUGUGUGUAUCAUAUUGGGUGAACUUGUUUUCCGGCGUGUUUUGAUGUGUAGUGUUGAGGACGAGAUUCAAGACGAACUAAAACAAACAUCUUAGCGUUUGUGCAGCAGCUCGUUGGGUUGAUGAACAAGGCUGUUCCUUGCACUUCUAAAACAGACUUUCUCAUACAUUUAAAGCUUACAGAUUGAUUCUCACUGAUGUUACGAUUUCUUUUUUAUUCACUAUAUUUAGAAAUUGUUUUAGCAUCUUGUGUUUGAGAUGAGCUGAAAUCUUCCUGGUAUUACUUAUUCCAUCUGUUUUCUCAAUCCCAACUGAUGGGAAUCUGUUUUUCCAGUCAGAAGAAGUUCUGUCUGAACACUGGAGAUGUUUAAGAACCAUUCUGUUUAAAGCAUACAUCUGCUAGACGCACAGUAGCCGCUUGUAAAACCGAGGUUCUGUACAUUAUUGUCUCUCAGCUGCCAACUCUCAUUCCCUCUGUAGUUUAUACACAAUCAGCCAUGUUCUGUUUCUUAUCUCGGAACGUACUGCAUUCCUUUUGAUUUACCUUGGAAAGAGAUUUUGUGUCACAUUACAAAAGUGAUUGAAUUUACAUUCGCACAAAGUUAAAUUAUUGUUGCACAUGAUUACCGUCCAUGUAGUGAAACGGAAAAGGCAAAGUGGGAAGGCAUGUUCUCCGUUUUGUUUCUGUAAGGACAUCGACGCUUUCAUUUUUGAUGCAGCUGCGGUUGCUGCACACGUUUUUGUUACCUGACUGUAGCCUGAUCGGGUUACGUGGUUUCUUUUUUUUUAAGGAUUAACUCUUUACAAUAGGGAAGACUUUUUAUACCAACAUCAUAUUUAGCUGCAGUCAUACACUUUUAUCGCCUAUAAAACAAAUUCCUGUCUCGCUACUCUUUCAAUAGAUUCCAUCAGGUCUGAUGUGCACCUUUUUGGGGGGGGGGGGAGUUAGGGAGGUGGGGUAUUUAGGGUAUUUGUAUUCCAUAAAGUAAAAUAUGUGAAUAAAUACUAUACUGCACCUAAUGCUUGACUUCUUAUUUCCUUGAUUGAUUUGCUAAGUAGGUGGAGCUCAAUACAUUACCUUUAAAAUACCUUUUAAAAUGUAUUUAUGUAAUUUACUUCAAAGAGUAACUCCUUUAGAUUUAUUAUCUGCAGUGAUAUGUUUGUCUUUAUCUUGAUGAUUAAGGGUUGCAGUUAAUAAAAAAAAAACAUAAUUCAGGUUCAGAGAAAACCAGAACAUAGCUUAAAACCCAUAAAAAUGAUUUUGUUAUACAGAAAUGGUAUACUUGGUGUGGGCCACUGUGGCACAGUAUGAAGAGUUUUGCCAUCUGAAAGUUGUGGGUUCAUUUCCAACUUCCUGUCACAUGGGUGUAUGCGGCUCUAGUGUAAAGCACAUUGAGUGGUGGUUAUUACUAGAGAAGCACUAUAUACACCCAUUUAGUCCAUUUACCAUAUUAUGGCCUUUACAUGGAGAAGACUGCUGACCAUUCUCAUGUUUAUUAAUCGGAAGUGAAUUCUUUACCUCCUAUUGGAUGAUUCAAACCUUUAAAAGGAGGAUUUGGAAAAACCAAAAAGGAAGGAUACAAGGAUCAAAUGAGGAAUAUGGGAAAUGAGGGAGGAAGAAAAAGAAAUUAAGGGUACGAGUAAGGUAGGAAGGAACAAACAAUAGAGGAAAAAUGCAAAAUGGAGGAAGGCAAGAACUGAGAAAAGGAAGGGCACAACAUUUAGACAACAAAUAGGGAAUAAAGUAAACUUGGCUGACCUAAACCUCAUGGAGAAUCUAUGGAGUGUUGUCAAGGUGAAGAUAUGAGACCAGACUCAACAUUGCAGGUGACCUGAAGACUGCUAUCAAAGCAACUUGGGCUUCCAUUAUACAGUAAUUCAUGCUAAAGGAGCCCCAACCAAGUAUUGGCUUUUCAGAAGCCUGAUAUUUCUGUAAAAUAUCCCUUUUUACUGAUCUUAUUCAAUAUUCUAAUACAGUAAGACACUGAGUUUUGUUUAUUUUCUGUAAGCCAUUACCAUCACAAUUACAAGAAAUAUGUCAGUCUAUGUAAUUAAUCUAUAUAAUAUAUUGGUUUCACUUUCUAAAAUGGGUCAAAUGAGCACCUGGGCAUACUUUUUAGUAGGCUGACAUUUCUGUGCCAGCAGUCCAUUUAUUCUGGUCUGAGGUAAUCUGGUUCUUUGAGAAACAGAAUUUUGGGUUUUCGCUGUAAGCGGCUAAAAUACGCUUAGUAUACAUAAUGAAUCUAUAUAAUACAUGUAACUUUUUAAAUGAAAUCUCUGAAGAAUUAACUUUCUGAUUAAAUCCUAAAUUACUGAGAUUCCCCUGUAUGCUAUAGUUCACUUUAUGUACGUUAAUCAUCCAAUAAGAGCUCUUGUCUCAAAACAAUAUUCAGCACUUGUAAUUGUUCUUAGGCCACCAGAUGGUAGCAUGGGGCACUUUUCUCUUGAACCCUGUGCUUAUCUGAGCAUGUGUUUCACAGUUGACUUCCAUCAGAUUAAAAAACCCAUUACCUCAUAUGUUACAUGUGAGAUGUGGCUGAAACAGCAGCCAGGCUGCUGGAUAAAAUCAAACUGAGUUGAGCCCUGGUCAGAUAGGGCAACAUCAGUUACAGACACCUUGGAAAUGUUUACAGCCUCAGCUCCGAGGCUCUGUACAGAUGAUAAUACAGAUAUAUAAAUAGUCCAGAUAUAUAAAUGAUAAUACAGAACUUGUGCCUGAUGAGGAAGAAAAAACAGUAGUGGCAAGAAACAUAAAAACAGUGAGCCCAGAAACACCUUGUGAUUCAAAGUUUGUCCAAUUUGCUUUCUGAGUUGUUCUCCAUCACACUUAAUUAGGGUUCUAAGAAUCAGGUUAAUUCUUUUUUUUAAUCUAACCUAAUUUGUGCACUUUUACACAACAGAUUCCAUACUGUCACUGUUUAUUAAACAAAAUCAAAGCCUUAAAAGAAAAAGAAACUAAGCACAUCCUUGCUGUUUUCACAGGAUUUAAGAGAUAAAGUAGAAGUCAGAUGCUGCUAAUGAAGUCCACUGGAUUGAACUGAUCUUCAGCACCUCUGAACACCUCUAUAACAGCAGGAGCUCUGGCUGUUUGCAGGUCUGGAGCAUGCAGGCUGUGUCAACACAAUGGUGGGAAUACAGCAGCAAUAACUCUAUAGGAACGGUUGCUGCUCAUCAUUCUGUGAAAGGUUAUAAGGCUUACUGAUAAAAUAAAUACAUGAUGUGUUGAAUAUGUGGCCAUUAAAUAAUAAAUACACAGUGAAACAGUUACAAUAUA